AUGGUAUUAACUUUUGCCAAGUGGGUGGAGUUACAGCAGGUGGCAAUUUAUGUAAAAAGAAAGCACCGGAAGCUGAAGGGACCAUUUGCUUCAAACAAACAAACAAACAAAAAAUCCAAAACGGCAGCUUUCUUUUUGCAUAAGGUGAAACAAGAAGCAGAACCACAGAAGAGUGUUAACAAAUCCAAACAGUGUAACUGUGACGAUGAAGAUGCUGAACUACUCUUCACUGGGGUAUAUCAUGUAAACAAGGAUGCUGAAAUUAUUAACUUUGUCAGGGUGAUUUCAAAUCCAAAACCAGUCAUUUCAAACAUUUUAAACAGAGCCACCCCAGGUGCCUACCCAAAAAGAAAAAAAGGUCACCCUAUACAAGCCACUGGUCAUACAUUGCAGCCUGAAAAUUAUGGGAUCGUCACAUCAAAAGAGGUGGCCAUCUGGCCAGUUUCUCAACCUGAAUCAAGAUCAAGAGAUAAUACAAUUAUUGAUUGUUCAUCCACACCUGCUUACAAAAGGAGACCACCAUACAUCGUGUCUCAUAAUUAUUCAAAUUUGCUCUCACCGUGGACACAGAAGACAGUUGGUAUGGCCUUCGCUGUAGCAGGUACAAAUGAAAGUCCUCAUGAUUCAAAGCAACUUUCCACUUCUGACAGGUACAGUGGGAAUGCCAAAAGGCUUAAACUCAGUCAUGCAAUCCUAUCAUGUAUUUCUCCUACAAUGAACACUAGUAUACCCUCAAGAGAUGCUCAUACUUCAUCAAGUCAUGGUCCAAAUGAAGCACCAUUUCCUCAGAUUUGUGAAAAUGAUAAGAUGUAUUUUAAUCUUAAGAAUCCAGUCAUAGAAAAUGGUUUUGAAGGACUGGUGGAAACAGGUAUUUCAAGAAUAGCAUAUCAACACAAGACUUUUGAUUCCAAGAGAGGAAAUCUAAUGGUGUCUCCUUGUGACUUUCACUUCAGACAACAUGAACAGCCAGAACAGAAAACUCACACAAGCUUUAAAUGCCUCAGCUGCCAGAAAGUUCUAAAAAAUGUGAAGUUUAUGAAACACAUGAAGCACCAUUUGGAACGUGAGAGGCAGAAAGGUGAUAGCUGGGACAUCCACACUACCUGUCAACAUUGUCACCGGCCAUUUCCCACUCCCUUCCAGCUACAGUGUCACAUUGAAAAUGUGUACAUCACACAGGAACCCUCCACAGUUUGUAAAAUCUGUGAGUUGUCGUUCGAAACAGACCAGGCUCUCUUUUUACAACAUAUGAAGGAUAUGCACAAGCCUGGUGAAAUGCCCUACAUGUGUCAGGUUUGCAAUUACAAAUCACUGACGUUUACUGAAGUGGAAACCCAUUUCAUAAUCUGUCAUGAAAACUCUAAGAAUUUGCUUUGUCUGUUUUGUCUCAAAAUUUUCAAAACUGCAAUACCAUACAUGAAUCAUUAUUGGAGGCAUUGCAACAAGAGAGUCUUUAGAUGUUCCAAAUGUCGACUACAGUUUUUGACCUUGAAGGAGAAAAUUGAACAUGAAACUAAGAACCACUGAACAUUAAAAAAAACAAAACAAAACAAAAAAACCCACCCAGAACAAAUAGAUGGGUUGCCUCCUGAAACAAAGGUUAUUAUUCAGACUUCAAUUCCAUGA